AUGAUGCACGCUUCUACUAUCCUCUACGGCCUCGCCUUCCUACAGGGCGCUAUGGCGUCUCCGGUUGGUGACUCUUCUGUGGACAUCGAGCCUCGGGCCAUCAAGCCCGAGGGCCUUGAGACUCGAGACAUCGAACCUAGGGCUCCGGCUUUUGGGGACGUACCCUUCCCAAAAUUCCCAGCUAUGAAGGGCAAGGGUCAGGGGGCCGAUUGCUCGUCGACCGAACAGACAGCGCUCUGCUCUUCAGGAAGCUCAUACUGCUGUGUCGAGGAUGGCAAGGGCGGUAACGUCUGUUCCUUCUCAAACUCUUGCAACAGCGAUGCAAAGAUCAUUUGCUGCAACAAUAGCGGUGGUUUCCAAAUGUGCAUUGGUGAGGUCGACUUCAACAUGCCCGUCACCAUCAACAUCAACAUCAACAAGGGGAACAAGAAGGGGGGAAAGUAA